GAAUACAAUUUCAACAUCUCCCCUCAUAACAACCCUUCUCUCGUGAGAGUACUAACUAAGUACUGAAGAAGAUGUCUGGAGACUACGAUCGGUUUCGCACCGGGGAAGAAGAGAUAGAAAGCGCGAAGGAGACAACGACGGAGAAGAAGAAUCUGAAGCUCAAGGACCGAAAGGUGUCAUGGGCAAAGCUAAGACGUUUAGACUCCCUCAAUUUGGAAGCUGGAAGAGUUUCCAUGAAUGCAAACAACCCUUCCAAGAUGGGUUGGAGAACGACGCUGGGUCUAGCAUUUCAAAGCAUAGGGAUCGUGUAUGGUGAUAUUGGUACAUCUCCACUUUAUGUGUAUGCAAGCACUUUCACUGAUAAAAUAGAAAACAAUGAUGACAUUCUUGGAGUUCUUUCUCUCAUCAUCUAUACCAUCGUGCUCAUACCCAUGCUCAAGUAUGUGUUCGUCGUGUUAUGGGCUAAUGAUAACGGCAACGGUGGAGCUUUUGCACUGUAUUCAUUGAUAUGUAGGCAUGUAAAGGUGAGUUUGAUCCCAAAUCAACAACCAGAAGACAUGAAUAUUUCAAACUAUGCACUGGAAACACCAUCUAGCCAACUGAAACGAGCCCAGAAAGUAAAGCAGAGGCUUGAGAAUAGUUAUUUUACUAAGAUUCUGCUUUUACUUCUAGCUAUAAUGGGAACUGCUAUGGUCAUAGGAGAUGGGAUUCUUACUCCAGCAAUUUCAGUGCUUUCUGCAGUAAGUGGGAUCAGUGAUUCACUAGGUCAAAAUGCUGUUGUGGGUAUCACUAUAGCAAUCUUGAUCGUCCUAUUUUCUGUGCAAAGGUUUGGUACUGAUAAAGUGGGAAUCACAUUUGCUCCGAUUGUUUUGACAUGGUUUUUUUUCAUUGGUGGCAUUGGUCUCUACAAUUUAUUCAAACAUGACAUUGGAGUCUUACGUGCUUUUAAUCCAAAAUAUAUAUAUGAUUACUUCCAAAGAAAUGGUAAGAAAGGAUGGAUAUCACUUGGUGGAGUCUUUCUAUGCAUCACAGGAUCUGAGGCCAUGUUUGCUGACUUGGGUCACUUCAAUGUACGAGCUAUUCAAAUUAGCUUUUCUUUCAUCACAUGUCCUGCACUAUUGGCUGCAUACAGUGGACAAGCAGCAUUUCUAAGGAAAUACCCUGAGAAAGUGGCCAACACUUUCUAUGAUAGCAUACCACAUUCCUUAUAUUGGCCAACAUUUGUUGUGGCUGUUGGUGCUGCCAUUAUAGCCAGUCAGGCAAUGAUUUCAGGAGCAUUUUCUAUUAUAUCACAGGCCCUCAGUCUAGGUUGUUUCCCAAAAGUUAAGGUUGUGCAUACUUCAGCCAAGCACCAUGGUCAAGUGUAUAUUCCUGAGAUCAACUACAUGUUCAUGAUUGCAUGUAUUCUGAUAUGUGCGGCCUUCAAGACCACAGACAAGAUUAGCCAUGCAUAUGGGAUUGCGGUUGUUGGUGAUAUGGCGAUAACAACGACUCUGGUUUCACUUAUCAUGAUUAUUAUAUGGAAGAAGAACAUAUGGCUGGUAGCUCUGUUCUUUACAGUAUUUGGUUUCACUGAGAUGAUUUAUCUCUCAUCUCAGCUAACCAAGUUCACAGGAGGAGGCUAUCUUCCAAUCAUAUCAGCUAUCUUCUUGACAACAGUGAUGGGAGUCUGGCACUAUGUGCACAAACAGAGGUACAUGUUUGAGCUAGAAAACAAGGUUUCUAGUGAUUAUUUGAGGGAACUUGCCAACAACACAGACGUGGGACGAGUGCCUGGAAUUGGACUUCUGUACUCUGAGCUUGUGCAAGGCAUUCCUCCUAUAUUCACACACUUGAUAUCUAGUGUGCCAUCAAUCCAUUCAGUGGUUGUGUUUGUUUCCAUCAAGACAAUUCCCAUUAGCAGAGUAGCCUUGGAAGAGAGGUUCCUGUUUCGACAGGUGGAGCUGAGGGAGUAUCGAAUUUUCCGUUGUGUUGUGAGGUGUGGUUACAAUGAUGUGCUUGAGGAGACUGCAGAGUUUGAAUCACAGUUGAUACAAAACCUCAAGAUGUUUGUUCAAGAAGAAAGUUACAUGCUUGAGGAUCAUGAGGGAACAACAACUGAAUUACAAGCACCUAUAACCAAUGAGAGUCACAUAGCAAUGGAAAACACCCCACAAGGUUCCAAUUUGUCAGCUCAAGAAGGGAAAUCUAGUUCUUCCCUCAGAAUAAUCCCAACUCAAGGUGUGUCUGCUAGAGUCUUAUCAGGUUCUAUUCAAUCAAUGGGUGUAAGUAUGAACAAGUCAUCCGCUUUCUCUGCCCCACCUAUCCAGGGAGCUGAAGAAGAAAUAAAAUUUAUAGAGAAAGCAAUGGAGAAGGGUGUCGUUUAUAUGCUAGGGGAAGCAGAGGUAGUGGCUCAUCCAAAAUCCUCCAUCUUGAAUAAGAUAGUUGUCAACUAUGCUUAUAGCUUCUUGCGGAAGAACUUCAGACAAGGGGAGAAUUUAUUGGCAAUUCCACGCAACAGACUUCUCAAGGUUGGAAUGACAUAUGAAAUAUGACACAUGAGAUCAAGUACUGUCAAGAAAAAUCAGAAAAACAAAAGGAUACCAUGCAAUAAUUUUGACAACUGGGCCCCAAGAUGCUUUGGGUGUGUUAACUAAAUAAUUUGUGCCAAAAAUAAAAAUGUGUAUUAUAUUUUAAAUAUGUUGUUAUUGGUUCAAUGUCAUUUCAAAUUUGUGACUUCUCCACCAAUCCGUGUAAGCUUUUAAUUAUGGAGAAGUGAAAGUCAUUACUCUAAAAAAGUCUUCAACUUUUGAAUUGUAUCUCUAGUUAGACACUUGCUCAUAUUAGAGUUAAUAUUAGUCUUAUGGUGUUUUUUCAGUC